AACUUGUACGCCAACCACGUGGCAGGCAUUCUGCUGGUACAGCACCAGUGCUGGAGCGCGCCAAACAACUCCACCGAGCCAGGAUUCGGCCAUUUUACCACCCACCGUGCACGUCCACGAAAACGCCAAGAGGGAAAAUGCGCGCGCAUGGCCUGCUCCUUUUGUCCAAAAAGGUCCUUCUUGCGAUGGUGUGCGAAAUCCUCGCACGGAAAAGCGAGGGUUCCUCCGACGGAACUUUUCCGCUCGGCUCUCUGUACGGGAUAGAUCACGGCGCAGAAAGGUCGUAUUUUUGUCGCGUUCCCUUUGAGUGUGGUUUUCUCCAUUGUCAGUGCGUUGGGAAAAAGGAUUUUCCAGUUCGGUGCGUGAUUGUUUGCCUUGUCUGGUGCUAAGGAUUAACAGUUUAUGGACACUGGAUUGCUGGAUAACCCCAGCGGCCUCGCGGCAAGACAACAAACGAUACCACCCGUAGACACGAGGUCGACCGUGUGGGUGGUGUAGAGCUAGUAGUAGCGGAGUGCGCGGGUGGAUACGGGAGCAGUGUUUUUCACCUCUUUGGCUUCGUUGGCGUCGUCGUCGUCAUCGUCGUGGUCGUCGGUCGGGUCGGACGAACUGAGCUCGCAGUCCUUCGGGGUAGGGCCUUCGCAGCUGUGACACGCUUCGGUUGGGUCGUGUUCUUUGCUCUUAAAGAUAGUACGGAAAAUUAGCCAUCCAUUUACUAGCCCUUAUAGCUUAACCCGUCGACCGACGUCGGUUGUCGUUGUACUGUGAUUAUUUAUUUACCAGCAGUGGAGACGUGGUGCUUCAGAAUAAGAGCUUAUAAGAAAUUUAUAAGGAAAGGUUUUUGCCUUUUAAUCGAAAUCUAGUUCAACGGAAGGUGUGAAUUUGGUAGAUUGGGACGGAGCAGUUUUUCGACAGUUUUCUGAAGAAGGUGGUGAAAUUCGAUCUCAAAUGCAGAGUGUGCGGAGGAAAUGAUUGCAUAAGUUCUUUUGUUCUGAGCAGCAUAAUCGUGCACCAUAGUGGAAGUGGAAAUACACAUAAUACAGUGCAGCGAGAAAGGAAAAAUCGAUUGAAGAGUGUUUGUGUAUUUCAAGUGGCUCUGAAGAGCUGAUUUUUCAACUAAAAAGGAUAAAGUGGAAAUUCUUAAGUGUUGGCCGUGAUUACAUUAGCGAAGAAACUGUAGUGCGUACUGUUGUCCGGGCAGGUCUGAAUGUUGAAAAUGUCCUCGAUAUCUGCGCAAGGAGUGGUUGAGCGUGCCUCGGCCGAGCUUUCCAAGCGCAUCAAUGGCCUUGGGCUGCGCUCGAAGCACCACCAUAGCAGCGGAAGCAGUAAAUCCGGGGAGAAAACAAGUGUGAUGGAACGCGUUACAAACGUGCUCUGUGGUGGUUCCAGUAGCAACAACAGUUCUGCACAGGCGACCAACGCCGGAGGUGCACCUGAAAAACCUUCCCGAAUAUCCGGUGGCUCUACCGGAAGUGUAUCGGCUAGCGGGAAGGGUUCUUCUAGUAGCAAAUCUCAAUCUAACACGCCGCAAACUACUCGUAAAAUAGCGCAUCAUCAUCAGCAUCACACCGGUGGCCCUAUCAAUCUGAAUCACCAUGGAACCAAUAUUCACACCGGAAAGCUGAUUGCGACCGCCCCUCCACCCCCGCAGAUCACCACGAUCGAACAGCUGUUACAGGAUGAACGCUUUCUGAAUCGGUUCUUCCUGUACUUCUCGUCGUUCGAGCGUUGCACUUUGGCUCAGGUUUGCCAGAAGUGGCGUGACAUGCUGUACCGUUCGCCGCGCUACUGGAGUGGGUUGGUGCCGGUGCUGUUGUGUCGCGAACUGCGUCAAACGUCCAAUCAGGACCGCGUCAAGUUGUACAACUCCCUAAUUCGUCGUAGUUUUCAUGCCGUAUGUUUGAUGGGGGCUACCGAUGAGGAUGCUCUGGAUCUGGUGCACUCGUUCCCACUGGCAUCGAAGCAUGUGCACUCGUUGAGCUUGCGGUGCUCCUCGAUCAGCGAUCGAGGAUUGGAGGCGCUAUUGGAUCAUCUACAGUCACUGUUUGAGCUGGAACUCGCCGGGUGCAAUGAAAUCACCGAAGCUGGACUUUGGGCUUGCCUAACACCUCGGAUAGUGUCCCUAUCGCUGGCCGAUUGCAUAAACGUAGCGGACGAAGCGGUCGGAGCCGUAGCACAACUGUUGCCUUCACUGUACGAAUUCUCCCUGCAGGCGUACCACGUAACGGAUGCAGCCCUCGGUUAUUUUUCGCCCAAACAAAGCCACAGCCUAAGCAUCUUGCGGUUACAGUCCUGCUGGGAGCUCACCAACCACGGAGUCGUAAAUAUUGUACACUCGCUGCCCCAUCUAACAGUAUUAUCACUCUCCGGCUGCAGUAAAGUGACGGACGAUGGUGUGGAGCUGAUCGCCGAAAACCUGCAGAAACUGCGAGCACUCGACCUGUCCUGGUGUCCGCGGAUAACGGACGCCGCGCUGGAGUACAUUGCCUGUGAUCUAAACCAGCUGGAGGAGCUGACGCUCGAUCGAUGCGUGCACAUCACCGACAUCGGAGUCGGUUACAUCUCGACGAUGCUGUCCCUGUCCGCCCUGUUCCUCCGCUGGUGUACGCAAAUCCGCGACUUUGGCCUGCAGCACCUAUGCUCGAUGCGAAACCUCCAGGUCCUAUCGCUGGCCGGGUGCCCCCUGCUCACCUCUUCCGGCCUGUCCAGCCUGAUACAGUUGCGCCAUCUGCAGGAACUAGAACUGACCAACUGUCCCGGAGCGUCGCAGGAACUGUUCGACUACCUGAGGGAGCACCUGCCGCGUUGCUUGCUGAUUGAAUAAUUGAUCGAAUCGUUGUUCAGUUGGUCGAAGUCGUUUCUGUUGUGUUUACGGUACUGGAUCGUUCUGUGAAUAUGCGUGGAUCGCGGCAAUCACGAUGUUUGGAACUGUUUUUUUUUCUUGAUAAUCGUUAGAUUGAACCUGUCCACUAAGUCAAUGGAGGGCAGAAGUUAGUGGCAGUUAGUAGCAAGUAACUUUACCUGAAGCAAGCAAAUUCUGAUAGGCAUCGCUGAAACCUAAGAUAAAUUUGCAAGUGAUUAUCGAUAAGUUGACAAAUUAUUUAUAAUGUAAAGCCAUACUAAAAAGACUACUUUUCAACAGAACUUCGUUACUAUUUGGUGAGUGUAUUGCAACUCUGCAAAAGAAAAAUGAAAAAUCAUUUUGGUAUCGAACUUAAUGAAUGAAGAUAACUAGUGUGUAUGAGAUAUAUCUGACAAUAUGAAUUAAGGGACAUUUUCUCAACUACAUUUUCUGUGUUAACUAUUUCCAUAGUGGGGCAACCAUACUAUGUUUCCAACAAAAUUAAAAUCGUGUUAUCAAAUGGAGUCCUUGCUACGUAGUAUGGACACCGGGACACUUGGACGGUAGAUCAUAAGCAAAUGGUUUCAUAACUAACCAUAUCUUUCCUAGAAAUUCACAAUGUCCAGAAGCUAACGGUGCGAUUCCAGGUUCCAGGUAACCGUUACCAGUUGUCAAUAUUUUUCCCACGCAGCACACAAGUCACAAAGGAGUAUCGACAGUGCAGGUUUUUGGUUGGACACGAGUCAUUUUCAAGUUAUUCUGCCUUUGAGUUAGAAUUACAUGGCUGCCGAAGUAACCAAAAGUUCAGAUAAUAGGGUACUUUAUAAGCUAUGCAGCUUGUUAUAGGUUGCUCUUUAGCCUUCUAAGCAGCUUCAUUUUUAAGUAAUUUUGGAACUUGAAAGUUCACAUAAGGAAGUCGGAUAGCCUUCUAAGCAGCUUCUGACGGAACUUCCUCAAAAUGAAUGAGAAAACAAAAAUGUACUUUUCUGAUUCAUCACAAUUUGUUGUUGCUUGUAUUACUGAGAAACAUGCUCAAACUUACUUUACAUACUUAUUUACUUACGCAUAUGGCACUCCUAUGUAGAUUUGAAGCGGGACCUCCUGCAUGAUAAGCUGCCAUCAUACCUUUGCGCUGCUAUAAAUACAUAAUAUGGCUAAGUUAACUUCGCUACUGUACAAGUGUACAAACCUUAGAUGCCGACAGAGGAUUGGUUCAAGUCAGAUUUCAUGCGCUUUGCACUUCAUUGAAAUUGUGAUGUCGAGGUAGAGUGUAGGGCUCUAACGCAACGACUACCGGUUCGAAUCUUGUGGGCGUCUUUGUUUUCAUGUGCACUUCACAUUUAUUCUAUGUUGUCUAUGAAAAUUUGCUUAUAAUGCUGUUUUUGCUAAAAUGACAUAAAUAAAUCCUUAGAGCUUCAAGCUACUGAAAUGAACUUCAAGGAACUAGAAAGUUACAAAGUUCCGAGUACAAUCUUAAGCCGCUUUCAAAUUCCACGAAGUUCAAAUAGAGUUCCGAAUGGAACUUUCUGGCUGCUUAAGAGGCUAACAAUGAGCCUUGCUGGAACUUAUGUACGAAGGCAUUGUUAGCCUCUUAAGCAGCUAGAAAGUUCCGUUCGGAACUUUUUCAGAACUUUAUGGACCUUGAAAGUGCAUUUUGUCAUGGGAAGCGGGACUUUUGGUUACUUGGGUGUACCUCCUGUCCAACCAAAAACCUGCGCUGUCGACACUUCUUUGUGACGUGUGUGCUGCUUGGGUUGGUUUAUUCAUGGGAAUGUAUCUCACAUAGCGAUAUUUAAAUCCGUUUGCCUUGAUGUAUUUGUGGAAAUCAUACUCAGAAGCAUCCACGUUGCAACAGUUGAGUUAUUUAGGAAAAAUAUGCUUCAUAAUUGAACUUUUCCAGUCUCUUCUUCUUAUUCUUCCGGACUUUUCCGGCCUUCUACCCUUCACAUUCUCACAUUCUUAAGUCUACUCUAACAUGUCCUUUUAAGAUGGCGACCUUCCUAACUUUGGUGUAGCGAUGGCGGCUUCCUCUGGCCCUUCUGGACUUCGGGCUGUUGAGUACGGCGACGGACUCGGUUGACGGUCCCAACGUAAGGGGGAAGCUUGGUUGGUUCUCUGCACACCUUUCAGAACCGAAGUUCUGGACAAAAUAGCGGGGAUCCUCUAGAUUUCAAAACACGGUGUUAAUGUCACGAAGGUUAAUAAUGGUUAACCCAAGGAUUAACCAGAUUAUCUGCUGCCCUCUCUUUCUGCACUUUUCGUCUGCCUCACUCUUUUGGUGGGUAACUUGCUGCAUGAUACACUACUUCAACCAUUUGAAUUAGCGGUUCUUUCUAUAGUGUUCUAGCAUCCUAGAGUGAAGUGUACUUAGGUCACUGGUACUGACCUUCGGUGUUCGAGACAUUGCGCUGUAGUUAUCGUGUCCGUUAAGCCGUUCGCGUGCAGAUCUCCUUCCAUCUUGGUUUUUCUUAUAGCCAUCCCUUUCAGGAUACCAACAGGAUCCUGUUUUUCCCUCUGGUGAUGGGUUGUGGAAACUGCGUAGAUGGUGGCGUGGUAUGGUGGACUGUAAAACUUUGGACUAACACGAAUUAAAAUUAACACUAAAUUUAAAAAACAAUCCACAUUGAACUACAACUUACAACUUUCAAAGUCUGUUUGUUCACGGGUAUUUUGACACCGGCCGUCGUGUAAUCAUCAUUCGAUCUGCAUGCAGAACAUGCACCUCCCCAACUAACAAUCGCAAGCCGCAAACAAGCAUGCAUGCUGAAUUGUUGCUUUAUAAUAGUAAUGAUAGCUGAAAUAAAAUUAUGCUGUACACAUUACUGUACAAAUGUUUUUUCAAGCAUUUUCAAUUUUCAAGCGAGCUCGCUGUCGGAGCCCUUCCAGCAUUCUAUGUUUUUUUUCAACUUUUAUUGCAAAUACUUCACCAACUAGCUCUUGAUCGACGGAUUCUUCACCAGGUGGUCAAAUAGCAUUCCCGUUAUGUCCUUGUGCUUAUAACAACAGUCUCUCUCAACUCACUCAACUCCAGGGUCUUUCUUACUUUUCUUAACUUUCCUUAUGCAUCACGUUGGAAGCAGCUAGCCGAUGUAUGCGGCACAUGUUUACUAUGUAUAUGAAUGCAUUCAACAGAGAAGCGCAAUCAAAGACAUUAACUUGCACGAUCAGUAUUUGUUUCGAAAUGUUCGCUAUUGCCAUGCAAAUGGGUUUCGAUCUUAUUCAGAUCUUUCUACCACUUUUGAAGACCUCAGACACCAUGUCUCAACGGUACUCAACACAACUCUUCAAUCAUUGGGUCCAGUGAUCUAGCGUUGGGCAAUUUUGAAUCGAUGUUCGCAACAUCGAUGUUUUUAUUCCGAUUAAUCGAUUUUUUAAAUCGAUGUUGAAGCCCCACGAAAUCGACCGAAUCGAUUUUUUACAUUCGAUUUUUCUUUGGAUUCAAAAAUAUGAAAAAAUUUUUUUUUUUUUCAGAAUGAUUCCGAACAUUUUUUUUCUUUUUGAGAGUACCUCUCAGAAUUCUGGAUGAAUGUUUCUUAAUCAUGGGGAAGAUCACCUCUUAGGAUCCCUCUCAGGGUUAUGGGGCAAUCUCUGGGGAUUCUAAUGGGAUAUCUUUUAGUACUGCAGGAGAAUCUCUCUCAGGAUUCUAGAAGAAUCCCUCUUAGGAUUCUGGAAGAAUCUGACAGGGAGUUCUGGGGAUAUCCGUCUAAGCAUUUUGGGAGAAUCCCGAGGAAAAACUUCUCUCAGGAUUCUGAGGGAAUCCAUCACAGGAUUCCGGGAGAAUCCAUCUUGGGAAUGUGAGGUAAUCCCUCAGGAUUCUGGAAGAAUUCCUCUAAAGAUAUUGAUAGAAUCCAUGUUAAAACUUGAGUAAUUUCUCCCAGAAUUCUAGGAAAAUCCUUAAUAGAAUUCAGGGAGAAUUCCUUUUGGAAAAGUUUUUUUUUCUCUUUCUGGGAUAAGGUCUCUCAGGAUGCUGGUGUGCUAAUUUUCAGCAUUUUGGAGAUAUCCUUCAUAGAAUUUUUAAAGAAACUCCAGAAUUAUGGUAAAAUCCAUUUAAAAAAUCCGGAGGAUUUUUUCUCAACAGUAUUAUAUGGGAAUACCUAUCAGAAUUCUAGGGAGUCUCUGGAUUCUAAUGGAAUUCAUUUCAGGAGUUUGGGGUAUUCCCUACCAGGGUCAAAUCCCUUUCAGUAUUAUAAGAAACUUCUGGAUGAUCUGGGCUGAUUCCUCUAAGGAUUCUGGAAGACCCUCACUUAGGAUCCCGCUCAGAAUUCUGAUGAAAUCUUUCUCAGAAUUCUCAGGAACUCCUCUCAGACUUCUUGGAAAAUCAUACUCAGCAUUCUCAGGAUUGAGGCGUUUUUCCUCUCAAAAUUCUUGGGGAAUAUUUCUUAGGAUUCUGGGGAAAUCCCACACAGAACCACUAGAAUCCUUCUCAGUAUACUGCGUAAGAUCCUUUCAAGAUUCUGGAGGAAUAUCACUAAGUAUUCUGCGGGUACUCUUCCCUAGAUUCUCUAAAAAUUCGGAUUUUUGGGGUAAUUCCCAUCAGGAUUCUGAGAAAAUUUCUCUCAAGAUUCUGGGGAACUGGUCUCAUGAUUCUAGAGAAAUCCUUGGGAUUCUAGGGCUAUAUUUUUCAAGAUUCUAGGGCAAUUUCUUUCAGAAUUAUUAAUUAUUGUAGAAUUACUCACGAGAUUCUGGACAGAAUUCUCUAGACAAAUUUGGAUUGUGGAGCGGACCUGGUGUGAUGGUUAGAACACUUGACUAUCACGCCGAGGACCUGGGAUCGAAUCCAACUCCCGACAAACUCGCAAAAUGUGAGUUCUUCCUUCGGAAGGGAAGUAAAGCGUGGGUCCCGAGAUGAACUAGCCUAGGGCUAAAAAUCUCGUUAAUACAGAUAAAAAAAAAAAAAAAAAAAAAUUUGGAUUUUAGAGAAUCCCCGCAUAGAUUUAGUGAUUCCUCUUAGGGUACGGAAGAAAUCCUUCUCAGAAUCCCAAUAGAAUUCUGUUUUCUGGAACAGUUGCUCCCAGAAAUCCCUUUCAGGGUUCUGGGAGAAUCCCUCUUAGUAAUCAGGGAAAAUCCCUGACAAGAUUAUGGGAAUUUUUUUGAGAUUCUGUUGUAAUAGUUUAAAGUAUUCUAAAUUCUAAAAUCUAAAGGAAUCACUCUCAGAGUUCUAGGACAGUCCCUUUUAGAAGUUUGGGACAGUCCUUCCAAGGAUUCUAGGGGAAUGUCUUUCAGGAAUCUGCGGUAAUUUUCUCUCAGAAUUCCAGAGAAUCUCUCUCAGGAUACUGGGGAAGUCCAUUCUAGAAGUUUUCGUAAUCCCUUCCAGGGAUAAUCGUUAUCAGAUUUUCGGAAAGUCUCUCUUAGGUUUCUAGAUAUAUUUCUCUCAAGAAUCUGGAAUUACCACUCGUAUGAUCCCUCUCAAGAUGCUAAGGAAUCACUUGUAGAAUUCUGAGGAAUACCUUUCGGGAUUCUGGCAGAAUUAUUCUCAGUAUUCCAAUGGAUUCCACCCAGGAUAUUUUGGGAAUUCUGGGAGAAUACUUAAAAUGAUUCUGGAGGAAAUCUUCUCAAGAUUCUGGGGUCCUAUCUCCCAGAAUUCUGUGAGAGUAUAUCUCAGGUUUCUUUGGCAAUCCCGCCCAUUUCUUUCAGGAAACCAUUCUCGGGAUUCUGGAGUAAUCCUUCUUAGGGUUCUAAGCUAACCUUUUGAGGAUUCAAGGUCAUUUCUUUUAAGUUUCUCUCAGUAUUCUAGAUGAAUUUAUCUCAAGAAUGUGGAAGAACCGUUCUUGGAAUUCCUCUCAGAAUUCUGGGAGAAUGCAUCUAAGGAUUCUGGGAUAAUCCCCCUUAGGGUUCUGGAAAAUUUUGGGAGAAUCCCAAGGGAAAGCUUAUCUUAGGAUUCUGAGACAAUCUAUCACAGGAUUCUGGAAGAAUUCCUCUCGAGACUCUGAGACAAUUCGUCUCAUAGAUAUGGAGUAAUCUUUCUCAGGAUUCUAGGAAAAUCCUCAAUAAAAUUCAGAGAUAAUUCCUACCAAGAUAGUCUUGCUUUCUUUUCUAGAUAAUGUCGUUUAGGAUUUUGGUGUAUUUUCAGCUUUCUGAAGAAAUCUCUCUCAUAAUUCUUAAGGAGUCUCUUUGAAGAUUCUGGAGGAAUUUCUCUCAGCAGAACACAUCUCAGAGUUCUGGGGCAUCUCAGGAUCUCAGGAUUUUUCUUUCGAUUCAAAAUUAUUAGUUUUUUUUUUCAGAAUGCACUGUCUCAUUAUUGUUAUAUCCAGAUUCGCAAAGUGUUUGAUGUGCAAUCUUAAAUUUUCAUAUUGAAUUUAUUUAGACAAAUAAAACAUACCAUUAACUUGAACUACAUGCAGCAAACGAAUCAUUUAAUGGUUUUGUUUUGUAAUAUUUUAUAAUAUCGAAUCGAUGUGAAAACAUCGAUUCAAAGCAUUCGAUUAAAUCGGUGAAUCGAUUCUGCUGAUACGAUUUGAAUCGAUUCACAAAAAUCGAUGUCUCAGCCAGAUUUGCCCAAUGCUACAGUGAUCCCAAGCCUUUUUAUUAUACCUUGGACAUACAUGAUGGAAUUCGUACCAUGGUACACGUUAUCAAAAUGUUUCUAAAGAAUAUCUUUUUUUUAUAGAAUGAGAAAAUCUGCAACAUAUACCCAAGAGGUGGUUCCUCGGGUGAUGUGGGGAUCGACCCACUAAAAACUCAUUCUCUCUCUUCCUUACCUUCGCGGUACGCCCGUUAGGGAUGAUUUCGAGAAGGGGGGGGGGGCGUACAUGAGUACACUCUAAUAGUAAGCGUUCCACCAGCUACCGCCUUAAGUUGUUCACUCUCCCCUGGAGGCUCGGGUCCUGGCUAGUACUUAGACUACCCGUUGAACUCAAGCUCCUGAAUGGGAAGGGGGAGCCAACUCAACUAGCUGUUGUUCGGCUCGCCAUUUACUCUGUAGUUCAAGUACGAUUCGAGAAACCGUGGAAGUAACGGAAUCCCACUUGUCCGCCCCCAUACACAUCCUUUCAACAAUGUUGUCAGGCGUGAUAUCUCUACCGCAUACCUCCUGCAUACUCGACCUUUGCUCCACGAAACGUGGACAUUCAAAGAGCACAUGCUCCGCGGUCUCGUCGCAGUCUGCACACUCCGGAUAUGCGGGGGAGCCUGCGUGUCCGAAUCUGUGCAGAUACCACCUAAAGCACCCAUGGCCUGACAGAAAUUGAGUCAAGUGAAAAUUCACCUCGCCAUGGGGCCUGCUCGUCCACUUGGACACGCUCGGUAUGAGCCUGUGUGUCCAUCUACCCUUGCUGGAGGAAUCCCAUUCGCUCUGCCACUUCAGCAUAGACAAGGUUCUGGCGAUACGCCUCGCGCUUCUUAUGCCGGGUCGCUCGAAGCAUUCUUCAUCCUCUGCCACCACUAAAGCUAUGGGCAUCAUGCCUGCUAGCACACAUACCGCGUCCUUUGAGACCGUGCGGUAUGCGCUCACCACCCUAAGGCACAUCAGCCUGUGGGUACUCUCAAGUCGCUUCACGUUUCGGUUAAUCACUAGCGCCUUCGACCAUGCAGCGGCGCCAUACCGUAGUAUGGAGACCGCUACUGCCGCGUGCAGCUUACGCUUACUCGAGACUAUUGCCGAGCUGUUUGACAUUAUCUUUGACAAUGCCAUUAUCGCCAUGCUUGCCCUUUUGCGGGCAUAUUCUACGUGGCUUCCGAAUUUCAGCUUAUCGUCGAUCAUGACCCCCAAUUGCUUCAGUGAGCGCAUCUUGGAUGAAGACAGUUAACAGUAUAAAACUCAUUUCAUGAUGGUUGUACCAUGGUACGAAAACCACCGGUUUGUCCACGGUAUUACUCAUGACGUUCUGGUGAUGUUCAAGUUCAAUACCUGAUCCCUUAUAGCCGAAUCGAUGAAGGCGCGCGUACUCAUCAUUGUCUUGAUUCGAUUCUCGAUUAGUUUAGGUUCUUUUAGCGAUUUCCUAGGCUUCCUUGAAAGUUUACCAUCGUGCGCAUGUACGUAUUAAUUUUUAGGCCUUUGGUAAGUUGGUAACCUGGAUAAAAUGCCGAAUUUUCGAUUUUUCCCUUAACGUCUAUUAUAUAUCGAUCACUUCAAGUUUUAGAUGAACCUUUCCAAAAAAUGUUCGCAAAUGUGCUCAAUGUAAUGGAUAGAUGUUGACAUGUCCCAAUCAAGAAAUCUGUUCGAAAAUGUUGGUCGAUGGACUUCAACGGUACCAAACCAAUAGACAAAUGAAUGACUGUAGUAAUGCGAUAACGGCUGUGUAGAUAUAAAUUGUGUAAAAACUCAGUUAGACUAGGCUAUCCUAUUAAUUACAAACUAUUUCAGGUCAGGAGUGCAAUUUAUGUUAAAGCGAACUUAAAACGAACUUCUGAAUGGUUUUUUGUAACAUUACCCAUUGUUUAAAGAAGCGCUAAAAACCCAUAAAUCUAAUGAUAUUAGCGCUAGUGUCGAAAAUAGAGAAAUACAUAUUAUAUAAGUAUAAAAAUCCAAAACAAAACAAACUUGUUAUGACAAAUUGACUAUGGCAAAAAGUAUUGCAAAUCGACGGAGAAGAGAAUAUGGUGUAAAUAUUUUUUUUAACUAUAAGCGGAAAAUGCCAGUUGUUGAACGUAUAUUGUAGAGUCCUAUGAAAAUUAAAACCCAAACUAAAACAAGUCCUUAAAACAGUUUUCUUACCAAUGAAUGCAAACCUAAUGAUACUAGCAAACCAAAAAAAAAACUACGACUAACGUUAAAGCCUAGCAACAAACUAACCCAAGAGCGAAAAAGGCGAAAUUAAGUCGCGAGGCACAUACAGCAUACUCUUUAACCCAAAACCCAAACCAAAGUCGAGAUCAAACUGAGAAAGACCGCCCAAAUCUGACUGAUAUUCCCGUACUCAUUAUAAGAUGAACCGUCACUCAGAAUAACGUAAAGAAACAGCUGUUACCUUUAAGAAGCAACCAUCUUAGACGCAAUCACCGUUUUCAAAUACCGUCGUCACCGUAAUCGAUGCUUGCCCCUCAUUCGUUUGGUUUGUUGAUGAAAAGAUAAACUCCUCUCUCACACCCCACUCUCAUAAUCGCAUCCAUUUUGCUAUCGAAAGCGUUUUUAAGAAAACUGAGCAAAAAAAUAGCAAAGGCGAAUAUUUCCAAGAAAUGUAAUAAAUAGUUCUAUAUUACAAUGCAUAUGACAUGAUAAUGAAAUAAAAUUUAAAAACCAGAAAGCUGAAACAAACAAUUGCGUUUUCAUUGUUUGAGACAUAUGCCGAACUCUAGUCAGUUUUUUCUUCUGUCGAUUCCAAUGACCGUGAAAGCAAAUAUACUAUAUUAACAAUAUAGGUCACUCUUAUGAUUUUUUGGCGACACCUUUUUAGUGAAUGUGGCGCCACCAAGCGUCAGAAGAGGUACUACUACACACUAAAUGCAUGCGCUAUCCGAAUGACGUUUAUUCUGUCGAACUCUCAUUGCAUGAUAGGGAUGCCCAUUUCUUCUGAAAUAAUCGAUUAACAUUAAUCGAUUUUUUUUUCAACUAUACUCAAAUUAGAACAAAUUCAAUUCUCUCUUCUUAAACAAUUUUUGGCGUAGGGGUUGUGUGCUAGUAGUGGACCCUGCGCCUAUAGUGAACCCCCUACAGAAAAACCCAAAUAUGAAUGCCCAAAUCAACUGAUUCGAGGCAAAUUCCACCGGGUGAACAUCAAUUACAUUGUUCCACAGCAGUUCCUGACAAACAAAUUGCCAAGUGGUCACAAAAAUCGAUUAUUUUAACUAUUUAAUGAAUGUAAACACUCAAAAGGGUCCACUAUAGGGCACAUUCAGGAGGGUCCACUAUAGGCUCCGUGGGCAGCGUGACAGAUAACAUGGAAAUCAAAUGAGAGGUCCACUAUAGGCGCCGAGAUAUGUGUAAACAAUCCUAUAGUGGACCCCGGUGGGGUCCAUUAUAGGCAACAUCGAUGCAUAUUUUCAAAUGCGUAUUUCACUGGAAUAAUUGAUUAUUGUUGUAUGUUUGACGAUCUUAACAUAAAGAAGGGACAUGAAACUUGUCAUAAAACUCCACUUUGGAACAGUCCACUGACGUAACAUAGCAUAAAACCCGCAGAAGUAAAUGUCGAUGGCUUAGGGGGUCCACUACUAGUACCCAAACCCUAUAUUCUCGUUGCAGCACCAAAUCGAAGUCGCGACUCGCGACAUGCGAAAUAACUUUAACCCUUUUUAAGGCAGUGGCAACUAUAUUGCCACCUUAUACACAUAUUUUUUUUCUGUUCGUUUAGGAAAUUUUUAAAACUUCUGUUUUAACUGAUGGACCCAUUAGGCCUUUGUGAACACUAAUGAUUUUUUUUGAGCCAUAACAAAUAUGAAUGGGCUUUUUAGAACAAAAUGUCUGUCCAAAAACUUCCAUUUUUGGGUGCAUAAAGGUUUUUAAGCUCGAACUUCUGUUGUGGUCAGCAAAUUGAAAAUCAAAUGAUGGGGAUUAAAGGCCCAUGUUCCUUAUAGUUGCGGACAACAUUUCAACUUGAUUGCUUCAUUACUUUUAGGAACUCAGCCAUUUGAAAAAAUGUACUAUUAUAAGUGGGCAUGUACUAAAAUUGCCAUAUCGUCCAAAAUGAUUGGCCAAUCGACUUCAAAUCCACACAUGUAACUCAUGAAUAUUGGGGCAAUAACUUAUCAAAAAAUCAGCAUGAUUGAUAAAAAGCAUCACAAAAUAACAACAUUUUAAACUUUGUUGACAAAAAGUUGAAAUUUAGAUCAAUUUUUUUCAUACAAAAUCGACCAUCGAAUUUUGUGAAAAUAAAAUCGUAUUUGUUCAUUACACCACAUGUGCUUUAUAUUCCAAUGUAGAACGAGUUGAUUCCGUGCCUGGUUUUCUCGGCCUUAUAAAGGGUUAAACUGAUGAACGUACAUAACAGACUAAAACACAGAAGACCCUAAACGAGCUUUCCGUUAGCGAGUUAUGAACGGUAUUUGCUCCGGAAAUUACACAAGAAUUUUCUUGUGGGAUCCCUUUAAGAAUUGCACUCUGGAUUGUUUUUCUCCAAGAUUCCUACAUAUGCUCUUGGGGGAUUCCUCCUAGAAAUAAUUCUGGAAUUAUUUUAGGAACUCCUUUCGGGAUUGCUUAGGGAGAGCGUUCCAGCGUUCCUCCUCCAUCCUCCAACAUUUUUUUUAUCAAAUUUCUCCAGCAGUUUUGAAAAAAAUCCUCCAGAUAUUCGUUCUGGUAUUUUUUUUUUUCAAAAGUUCCUUCUGGGAUUGGGGUAACGGUUGAAUUUUGGACCCCUAGAGGACAUUGGUUUGAAUUUAAUUCAAAAUCAAACAGAUUCAGAGGGUAUUUACACAUAAUGAUGAUGUUAGUAUGUUCGUAAAAGCCUCCACUGUUCGUUAAAAAUACCCACAAGGUGAUUUCUGGUUGAAAAUUUGAUGAAAAUAACUGAUUUUUGAAGCAUCACUUUUCACUGUUUUGGACACCCUAAUAUAUUUUGGACCCUCUUCAGUAUAUAUUUUGGACACCCGGUGUUUAAACUCGUUUGAAACUAUUUUGGAAGAGUUUACCGCUUGAAUAUACUGGAACACAUCCUAAUUACUUGAUUGACAAAGGCUGAUUAGACGAACUUUGCGAAAUUAAUGCGCUAGAAUGAUAAACGUUUUUGUUUACAACUGCAAGUUUCCUCAGCACUGCAAUCUCUUUUUGUAAACAUGAGGCGGCACUCGCACGGCCGACGAGAUUGGCAAAAAAUAAUUUCAAGGCAAAUAAGGAUAUUUCCAGUGAUGAAAUGAUUGCUGCCCGUGCAGAGCGAUCCUAUUUAGCGAAUGAUUCUAAAAAUUUCCGUCAUCUCAUCAUUAAACCUGUGUAAGUUGUGAUAAUAGGACACAGGGGGUCCAAAAUAUAUGGGGGUCCAAAUUAUAUUGGUUACCCUACAUAUCUCCAUGAAUAAAACGCAAUCAGUGAAGUACUAGAUUUGUAGUAAAAGGUGAUUUUUUGUAUGAUGAGAAAGUAAAUUCUCCGUUACUGCAAUAAAAUGGUAACUGCAAUAAUGGUAAUAAAAAAGCAAGGGUUUUAUGACUGUUAGACUGAUUUGAUGUUGUUUGAGCAAAACUUUGGGUAACUGUGUAGUUCCCCAAAAUUUUGCUGAGGCAGCAUCACCGUUUCAAUGCAGUAACGGAGAGUUUAGCAUCUCAUCAUACAAAAAACCAACUCAUUACUACAAAUCUAGUAUUCACUUAUUCCUUCUGGGAAUCCCCGAUAAAGUACUUCUGAAGACAUUCCAAAUUUAUAGAAAUCUCGGAAGGAAUCACAAAAAUAAUUCUUGGAGGAUUUCUGAUACUUCAAAGAGAAAACUUCUGAAGGAAUCCUGGAAAGAUCCCUAGAAAAAUAUUAAUAAAUUGUUCAUAUAAAAUCGUGUCGCCACGUCGAUGGUUUGUUCAAAGUCUCAUUUAUCUAUUGUAAGCACAAUAUAUUCGACGCUCACUCUUCACUUGGUUAUAGUAAUGGUAAGAGAAGUGCCACAAAAAUAUUCCUAUUAUAAUGAUUUAUAAUAAUAAGGAACAUAAUAAUUGUAAAAAUAACGUUUGAUGAAUCGCGUUGGUCACAAAUUCAUGUAGACCGGUGCAAAAAUCAAUCUGAAUCGAUUGGAAACGAGCCAACGUUCCACCAAUCGUUAUCACCAUUAUGCUUUGAUCGCGUAGCGUUAUGGAAGGGACAGUUUUGGAUAAACACAUGAUCCAACGCGGAACAAACCGCGCUUAGUAAACGAUUAGUCCAGAGCACAUAUUUAUAAACAAAUCAUUUGCUUUCCACUUCCCUGAUGCUACUACGGUUAUGCUUGGCAAUGGAACUCUAGCGCAAGAUCAAUGUCAAUGUCAAUUAUUAAGCGUAUGAUACGCAGAUCGCAUACAUUCAGAACAUUAUAGGGAAUGAAUGAUCAAGUUGUAUUGAAUGAAAACGUUUUCAUAUUCAGGAUCAAUCAUGAUCUUUACUACGCGUUUUCAUAUUCAGGUUCAUUCAUGAUCCAUAUGAUGCAAGAAUUCUAGAUGUGUGGUAGUACAGAAAUUAGAUCGAUUCAUGUAGGCAUCUCCGGUAAUACGCAUGCGUGAGAUGAAUUAUGCGAUCGGAUUUGAUAUUGCGCACUCAGAUAAAGACUUCCCAAGUAACCACGAAGCCGUAUAUAAGUGCAUCAAUUUUGCCAUAUAUUCAUAAUUAAAAUUGUGAAUAUAAUGCUGCAUUACUUUAAAAACCUCAUUGAAGCAAUAUUAAAGUCGAAAAGGGCCCCACUAAAAUAAAAUUAGGGCCACAUAUUGCAGCACGCUGACAGCCAUUGCUAAAGUAACAUAAAUGCAUGUGCUGUACAUUUGCAUUUGCACAUGCUUGAUACGUGCAACACGAAAAACCAAAACAAAAAUCUAUUUUUAGCACCGUUUCGUUAUCGACGGUACUGAUUCCCCCACACAUGAAUGUUUUAACCAUUAUUUUUUUGUCGUCGGGUCGGGAGUCGAACCAGAAGUGUUGAAGACCGCUAGAUGAGUUCCAUGCGCGCUGGCACCUUGGACCGUUUCUGCUGCAGUGAUAACAACAGAUAUUUCAUUAACUAAAACUGUUCUUCUGUCUCAAUCAUUGCAAUAGAGGGUAAAACGACUAUGUCAUAUGUAAUAGAAUACAGUAAAUUAUCACAUUCUGAUAAAUUAUUGACAAUUACAUAAUGCAUUUUAGAAGAUAUUUGAUCAACAUAAGAAAAUUAAACCUCGAUUAAAACACCCUUCGCACACUGCUCAUAUGCUAAUUGUGAUUUCCAUCAUUAUUGGUAUGUGAUAGCAGCCUACAGAAAAGAGAAAAGAUCAUCAGAAAGAUCAGAGAUUCUUCAAAAAGGUUUUGCUGUCGUCGAUCGGUGGCUCAAACGGGGAUCAAGUUGGUCGGGAGUCGAACCAGAAAUGUUAAAGACCGCUAGAGUUGACCGUAAAAUUGUUCAAUCUUCUUGAUUUCAUUUGUUUACCAUUAGAGUCAAGCUUUUAUAAUUGUAUUGUUAGAGCAAACUUUGCUAGCUUGUACAUUGCAUUUGUUCAGUUUUUGCAGUGUUGAAUUAUUGAAUUAUCUUAUAUCACCUUUUAAUAAACCCUAAUGUAAAGAAAAAUGCAAUGCAUCAUCACAUUGGUAAUGUCAAUCUAAAGGAUUAUUGCAUGACAAGUGUGGAAUUACUGCAUUUCGCAUUGCAAAGGUUGAUAUUCAGUCUAAUUCGUGCAAUGAUAUAAUGCUUGUGGUUACUUGGGUUGCCACUUAUACAUAAGCACUAUGAUUAAGCAAUAUUGUGAAACCCUAUUAAACCAGACAAGCACCGCUAGGAUUACAAUUGUAUGCAACUAUCCAUGCUCACCAUUAAGAGUUAAUCCAGGAAAACUCUAAUCUAUUGCAGAGGCUUAAUUGCUGAAAAGAUUCUCAAUUCGGCUAAAUUAAUUGUAAGCAAGAUUUGCUUGGAAGGUUUGUAGCAAUAUUAUAUGUAUGCAAGUUAGAAUCUCGAUCGAUCAUGGCAAAUUAAUGAUGUGAAAAGGAUGAGCAUACUUUCUGAACGGCACAUAUACAAAUGGAAUAGUUUUCCACAGGAUCAGGAAAAAACAUGUUAAAAAGAGGGUGCGAAAAUGUCUGGACAGGUCUGGACGAGGGUAUAUAAGGGGACCCCGUUUCAUGAAUAAAGGAUUCGCGGUAGAUUCUAGUACGAGUCAAGUCAGACUCUUUGUUUUGAAAUAUCCGAAACCACCUAAUUCUCUUCGGGUAACCAGUCCCUUUUGGAGGAGAAUUUUGUUUUAGAACUAGCCACAGAGUGGAUCUCUUCGGGUAACCAGUCCCUUUUGGAAGAGAAGUUCAACCUUAAUCCUCUUCGGGUAACCAGUCCCUUUUGGAGGAGGAUUAACCCA